AUGCAAAAUUAUUCUUCAUAUUAUAAAAAUGAAAAUUCAUAUAAUGACAGUAAUUUAUCAGUAGAUGUUAAACUUCGACGAACAAAUAAUGAUUCUUUAACGAAUCCAAUAUUACAUCGAGCUUUAUCAACUGUAUCAGCUAAUCAAACACUUGUAAAUAAUCAACGAAAUGUUUUAGCUAAUAAUUAUCGUCGUACAUCAAUUAAUGAUGAAAUAGUUACAAUUGAUCAUAAUGAUGCUGAAUCGUCAUUUAUAUUACCAAAUUUAUAUGAAUUACCCGAAGAUAUUCGUAUUCGUGUUAUGGAUAGUCUAGUUGAUACACCAACAAUGAUAUCAUUGGAGGAAACAAAACGUCUCAAUUGGUGGGUUAAUAAAAAACUUCCAUGUCCAAAAUUAUAUCCGUUAGUAACAACUGGAGAUGGAAAUUGUUUAUUACAUGCGACAUCACUAGCAAUGUGGGGUUUCCAUGAUCAUUCAUUAUCAAUGCGUAAAGCAUUAAAUGAAACAUUAAUAACUUCAAAACCAAAUUGUUCUCUCUAUCGACGUUGGCGUUGGGCACAAUCUGUACAAAAUAAAAAAUAUGGUCUUGUUUUUUCUGAACAAGAAUGGAAUGAAGAAUGGAAAAGUCUAUUACGAUUAUCAUCUGCUGAACCACGUACCGUACAAACAAAAGUAUUAGACUCAAAUCCACCUAUUGAUGAUAAUUAUUUAAAAUCUACUCCAAUCAAUUCAAAUGAUUCAACAAAAUCUUUAUCACAAUCAUCAAGACAAUACUAUGAAAGUUUAGAAGAAUUUCAUGUUUAUGUUCUUGCAAAUAAUAUACGUCGACCAAUUAUUAUUUAUUCAGAUACAAUCUUACGUACAAAUGAUGGUGAAGCUAUUUCACCCAUUGAAUUUGGUGGUAUUUAUUUACCAUUAGAAAUUCCACCAGAUAAAUGUCAUAAACAACCGGUAUUUUUGGCAUUUGAUGCUGCACAUUUUUCAGCUCUUGUAGCGAUGGAACAAACUAUAAAAUCAAUAACAAAAACUACGUAUCGUAUACCUCUAAUCGAUAUAGAGACUCUUGAUCUUUUACCUAUCCAUUUUCUAAUUGAUCCUGGUUUAAAUUUUCAAUGGCCAAUUGAUAAAGAAUUAUCCGAUGAUAAAAUUCAUUUAUAUCCAAAUUAUGAAGAAAGUCGAAUGAAUAUACUGGAAAAAUAUUUAAAUCUAUCAAAAGAAUAUUCACUUUUAAAUAAUUUAAAUCCACAAGUAUCAACAACGAUAGAUGAUGAACAAAUAUCAAAAGGAGAUCAUAUUGAUUCUUCACAUGAACUGAAUUCAACGACACCAACAACAACAACAACAACAACAUCAACACGAAAUAAAAAAUUAUCUCGUUCAUCAUUUAAUUCAUUUUCAAAAAUAAUUCGUCGAACAUUUAUUCAUCCAUUUUCAUUAACAAAACGAACAUCAUUAAAAAAUCCACCUAAUCAUAUAUUAGAUUCGUCGAUUAUAAAUGAAAAUUUACCUGAACGACGAAAAUCAUCACCAUUAUUAAAUCGUCAUACAAAUAUUUUAACAAUAAUCGUUACAAAUUUUCAACCAAAACAACCAAAUACAUCCGAUAAUAUGAUUAAAAAUUAUAUUGAUGCAUGUAUGAAUGAAUAUAAUCUAGAAAAAGAUCAAAAACAAAAUAAUGAAAAUGAUAAUUUACAAAAUAUUGAACUAUCAACUAGUUCAAAUGGAAAUAGUAUAUCAUCGAAAUCUAUCAAUCACUAUUCGGGUAUUUCAAUGUCUCUUUUGUUUUUUUUUCUAAACACAUA